CUGCAGUUCACUUUGUCUGUGGAGGUCUGGCUGCCUGUUCAGCAACUCUCACUGUGCAACCCCUGGACACACUUAGGACACGCUUCGCUGCUCAGGGGGAACCCAAGGUGUAUAAAAACACUCCGCCAUGCCAUUGUCACUAUGUUCAAGACAGGAGGAUUUCUCACAUUCUACCGGGGGCUCAGUCCUACUCUGUUAGCAGUGUUUCCAUAUGCCGGCCUUCAAUUUGCUUCCUACAAUCUGUUGCAGAGAGUUUGGGAUGCUGCCUUACCACCAGGCCAUGAUAACUUGAAGAACCUCUUGUGUGGUAGUGGGGCUGGAGUGAUUAGUAAAACUGUCACUUAUCCACUAGAUCUGAUUAAAAAAAGGCUCCAGGUCGGGGGCUUUGAGCAGGCAAGAGCAGCAUUUGGAGAGGUCAGAACAUACCAGGGUCUCAGAGACUGUGUAUGUCGAAUACACCUGGAAGAAAGCUUUAGGGGUUUUUUCAAAGGAUUGUCGCCAAGUCUGCUUAAAGCUGCUGUUUCAACCGGACUCACCUUCUUUUGCUAUGAGAUGUUCUGCAGCAUGUUGUGGAGUUUGAAGAAAACCAGAGAAAGUCAAAAGGUAGACAAGUGA